AGACCUAUGGGUAGAUCAUACGGACCACCCUUCCUCCGCGUCGGAGAGGGCAUGGGGGCGAGGGAACGGGAGCAAAAGCCUGAAGUUGGGCGCCAGGUUUUGCUAAGAGCCGAAGUGUGCCUUGCUCAGAUUCCUAACUCUCAGCCAAUAGGGUUUCCUCGAGUUCGCGAGGUGAAAGUUCAGCCCGAGGGCGCGCGCACUCAGGGCUAUUGCCUGCCCCGGGCGGAGGGGCUGAUUGGUGGGUGGUCGGAAAAACCUCUCUGGCCUCGCGGAACUCCCCUGGUCUUCCCUCCGCCCCCUGGACUUGCCAGAGGGGCUCCGACUUCCCGAGGCGUGGUUCUCGCCCAGAUUCUCAACACGUCUCCUCGAAAGAAAGCCCGUGGAUCUCAGGGCGCUUUAGAAAGUAAAGAUGUAGGGAUGAAUUAUGCAGAAGAGAUUUUGCUGGAUGCUGCUCAUCAGAAGGUCUGGCCUAAGCUCUUUCAACAUGGAUCACCAAAGCAUCUGAGAAAGAGAACAGGUGAUUUAACAGUUGCAGGAAGAAAGCUGCCCUUCCACAAGAAGCAGGCCUACUUGACAGAGACUCAGUCAAACCGAAUUUUAUACAGCUCUUCCAAUGUACAGAUCCUUUUGGUAGAACUUUCUGGGUGGCGAUGGGCUAGAAGAGAAUGUCUCGGGAAAGGUAGCUUUAAUUAAAUUUAUCAAGCAGGAAAUGAAAAUACCUUUUUGUCAUUUCCCUUGAGUUAGUAUGUUUGUUGAGGUUGAAGAGUGCUUAUGAUUUAACGAAUUGUACAAAUUAUUGAAAGUACGUCACUCCAACCCAUUCUCUCAUCAUGUCCAAUGUUACAUGUUACGGCUUUUUCAAGUUUGAAGAAACAUACUGAACUAUUGAAUGUUUGAUGCUAUGUUAGUAUUUGUAGAAAAUGCCUAUGCUAAAUGUUGGAGAAAGGUAGUUGUAACUGAGGAAUGAAUUGAAGGUAUCCAUAAAUUUUAAUAAGAUCAGAGCAUGUGAACUGAAACUUUCUCAAUGCAUUAAAGCACCAAUUAUCCAUAUAGAGGAAACUUUGUAUUCAAAUCUAUAAAGAAUGGAAAAAUUCAAAAUGACUUUGAGGUAGCACAAGAAUUGUACUGUUCUCAGUACGGGAUUGA